UCGCGUCGCCGCCCCAUGUAUAAAGCGGCCGCCUCCUCCCCCUCCGCCCGCCUCCUCCUCCUCAGAUCCCUCCCGUCUUCGUCUCCGUCUCCCUCCUCCGCGCCGUCCCGCCUCCUCCUCUCCAGGACCCGCGCGCUCUCGCGACCGUGCGCCGGCGCGUGGGCGGCACGCGCUGCGGGUGGUGGUGGGUGGUGGUCCGGGAGAGUCGCCUCGUCGUCGGUGGGAGGCGCCAGGGCGCAGAUCGGGGCCGUCGCGCCUGCCGUCGAGCGGUUCCAGCGCAGGAUGGCCGCCACCGCAGCUGCUGAGCAUCCCUUCAAGAAUAUUUUGACCACUCUCCCUAAGCCUGGGGGUGGUGAAUAUGGGAAAUUCUAUAGCCUUCCUGCACUAAACGAUCCAAGGAUUGAUAAGCUGCCCUAUUCUAUCCGUAUUCUUCUAGAGUCAGCUAUCCGUAACUGUGAUAACUUCCAAGUCACUCCAAAUGAUGUUGAGAAAAUUAUUGAUUGGGAGAAUACAUCUCCCAAGCUGGCUGAGAUACCUUUCAAGCCAGCACGAGUUCUUCUUCAGGAUUUCACUGGAGUUCCAGCUGUAGUAGAUCUUGCAGCUAUGCGUGAUGCGAUGGCCAAGUUGGGCAGUGAUGCCAACAAGAUCAAUCCACUGGUUCCAGUGGAUCUUGUUAUUGACCACUCAGUGCAGGUGGAUGUUGCAAGGUCACCAAAUGCAGUGCAAUCAAACAUGGAGCUGGAAUUUAAGCGCAACAACGAAAGAUUUGGUUUCCUUAAAUGGGGUUCUACUGCUUUCCACAAUAUGCUGGUUGUCCCCCCCGGUUCUGGUAUUGUGCACCAGGUCAAUCUUGAGUAUCUUGGUCGAGUUGUUUUCAACACAAAUGGCAUUAUGUAUCCUGACAGUGUGGUUGGUACCGAUUCACACACCACUAUGAUUGAUGGUUUGGGUGUGGCUGGUUGGGGAGUUGGUGGCAUCGAAGCUGAGGCCACAAUGCUUGGUCAGCCGAUGAGCAUGGUUUUGCCUGGUGUUGUUGGGUUCAAGUUGACUGGAAAGUUACAGAGUGGUGUCACUGCUACCGACCUAGUUCUUACUGUCACCCAAAUGCUCAGGAAGCACGGCGUUGUUGGCAAAUUUGUUGAAUUCUAUGGUGAAGGCAUGGGAAAGCUUUCUUUGGCUGACAGGGCCACAAUCGCAAACAUGUCACCAGAAUAUGGAGCCACCAUGGGUUUCUUCCCUGUAGAUCAUGUGACAUUAGAUUAUCUCAAAUUGACUGGCCGAAGUGAUGAAACUGUGGCAAUGAUUGAAGCAUAUCUACGAGCUAACAAGAUGUUUGUAGACUACGACGAGCCUCAAACAGAACGAAUUUACUCUUCAUAUCUUCAGUUAGAUCUUAAUGAGGUGGAACCUUGCAUUUCAGGCCCAAAGAGGCCUCAUGAUCGUGUCCCUUUGAAGGAAAUGAAAUCUGACUGGCAUUCUUGCCUGGAUAACAAAGUCGGUUUCAAGGGUUUUGCUGUGCCAAAGGAACAACAAGAUAAAGUUGUGAAAUUUGACUUCCAUGGACAACCUGCUGAAAUCAAACAUGGAAGUGUUGUUAUAGCAGCAAUCACUAGCUGCACAAACACAUCAAAUCCUAGUGUUAUGCUUGGUGCUGGUCUUGUGGCAAAGAAAGCCUGUGAACUGGGUCUUGAGGUGAAACCAUGGGUAAAGACAAGCCUUGCCCCUGGAUCUGGGGUGGUCACUAAAUACUUACUACAGAGUGGUCUUCAAGAGUACUUAAACAAGCAAGGCUUCCAUGUUGUUGGAUAUGGUUGCACCACUUGCAUUGGCAACUCUGGUGAUCUAGAUGAAUCUGUAUCAGCUGCCAUUGCAGAAAAUGAUGUUGUUGCUGCUGCUGUUUUGUCAGGCAACCGUAACUUUGAGGGUCGUGUGCACCCAUUGACCCGGGCUAAUUACCUUGCUUCACCACCUCUUGUGGUUGCAUAUGCACUUGCUGGCACCGUCGACAUUGAUUUUGAGAAAGAGCCGAUUGGAGUAGGAAAGGAUGGUAAAGAAGUCUUCUUCAAGGACUUAUGGCCCUCAACUGAAGAAAUUGCACAAGUGGUCCAAUCUAGCGUAUUGCCUGAUAUGUUCAAAAGUACAUAUGAGGCUAUUACAAAAGGCAACCCAAUGUGGAAUCAGCUGACUGUGCCCGAAGCAUCUCUCUAUUCAUGGGAUCCAAAUUCCACUUACAUCCACGAGCCUCCAUACUUUAAGGACAUGACCAUGUCCCCACCUGGCUCCCAUGGCGUGAAGAAUGCCUACUGCUUACUGAACUUCGGGGACAGCAUUACCACAGAUCAUAUUUCACCGGCAGGUAGUAUUCACAAAGACAGCCCUGCUGCCAAGUACUUGCUUGAGCGUGGUGUGGACCGGAAGGACUUCAAUUCAUAUGGUAGCCGUCGUGGUAAUGAUGAAGUAAUGGCAAGAGGAACAUUUGCGAACAUCAGAAUUGUGAACAAGUUUUUAAAUGGAGAAGUUGGACCCAAGACUAUUCAUGUUCCCACAGGGGAGAAGCUUUAUGUAUUUGAUGCUGCCAUGAAAUACAAGUCCGAGGGUCAUGACACUAUUGUUCUUGCUGGUGCUGAGUAUGGAAGUGGCAGUUCUCGUGACUGGGCUGCCAAGGGACCAAUGCUCCUGGGUGUUAAAGCUGUGAUCGCUAAGAGCUUUGAGCGUAUCCACCGAAGCAACCUGGUGGGAAUGGGAAUCAUUCCUCUCUGCUUCAAGGCUGGCGAGGACGCCGACUCACUUGGCCUUACUGGACACGAGCGGUACACCAUUGACCUCCCAACCAACAUCAGCGAGAUACGCCCUGGGCAGGACGUGACUGUCACAACCGACAACGGGAAAUCCUUCACUUGCACCCUUCGCUUUGACACAGAGGUGGAGCUGGCAUACUUCAACCAUGGAGGCAUCCUCCCAUAUGUCAUCCGUAACCUCGCAGGAUCGCAGAACUAGGAGAACGGGAACGGCAUUUCAACCAUGACGAAAAACAUUGCAGGCUCCCCUCCCCCUUCUGAUCUGCUUGCACCAAAGUUGAGAGUUCACCGGCAACCUUCAGCCAUCCUUUAUUCACCGUAUAAAAUAAAAACCGAAAAUAAAGCUGCAGGAGACAAGGAAGCACAACACCUCUCACACCUGGAGAGCUGGUGUGAGCUCUGUUGAGGAACAAACAAUUUUGUCUGCUGUUUGGUUAGUAGUGAUGUUGAAACCCUAGCUUGUGCUCAGAACAGGUCCUCUUUAUUGGUGUGGAUUGAGUUAGUUUGGUGCCUGUGUUCAUAGGCAGGGGAAGGUGACGAGGUGUACAUGAUUUGGUGCGACCAGCUUUGUGAUAUACUUUCCUCAUCUUGUUUAGUCUUUCUGAUAAACUGUCCGUGUUA